AUGUUCCUUUAUCUUUUGGGUUCGCUUUUCCUUUUACAUGCGGGGUAUUCAUCGUAUGAAUAUCAUCAAUUACAGAUCAAACUUCCUAGUGAUAUUUUCCUUGAAGUAGCUAUCGCCGUUAUUAUUUUCAUGGUAGGAGCAUUUGCAUCUAUAUCCAAUGAAUCAUUCCUUAAUAUAAAGACCAACGAACAAUUCCAAUGGCCAGAAAAGUUCUUGAAGCCGAUAGCUCUUAGCGAAUCGUUGUCAACUAUUGAAAAAUCUGGAAAUGAGUUCAAUGGAUCCGGGUAUAGACCUGAUUUCAUUAAUAUUCGAGAAAAGAGACAAGAAUACGCCCAAGAGUUCAAAGAUUAA